AUGAAUCCGUCCAUGCCAAUGACUUUGGCGUUUCGCCCAAAGCGUACGCACCCUGGCCCGAUCGAAGAAGAGGAGCCAACGCUCAAGAAGCAACGAUUGGAGACAGCCCUCCAGACGAGCCAGGCCGCGGAUGAAGCCAUCGAGAAGCGCAAGCACGAGAGCAACUAUGCGGACGCAGCUCGCGCAGUCGACACCAAGCCAUCCAUGCAAGCCACGCGUGUCCAGCACGACGUCGACGGCGAAAAGAUCCAAGCAAACACGCUCUGCUGGACCGUCUUCAAGAACUCUCCGACUCAGCAUUUGUUGGCGUGCGGCCAUGUCAUCGACACCAUGAUUCCCAUCUGCUGUGGCACCCGCUGCAUGCUGCCGCCCGGUGUUGUCGUCAAAGCCGAAGGUCCCGCCAUCGAGUGCAUGACGGAGAAAUGCCAGAACGUCAUGAAAGGCAUCCAACUCCGUGAAGCAAGGCGCAAGAACGUUAGCAUCUUCAUGCCGAAGAAGAAGCGGACUUCUUUGCAGCGUGCUUGCAAGCCAGAGGCCAACGUCGUUGUCGAUCCCACUGAUGCAAGCGACAUGUUCGUGAAAGCAGCGGAAGAGACCCCGGAGCAGCAACGGAGGAAGGCCAGACUGCAAGCCAAUCGUAUCAUCGAUGGCACGGAAAAGCUGAAAGUUGGGCCUUCGCGCAAAGCGGCCGACAGCCCAUUCUUCACACUUCCAGACCGGGAGAUGCACGCAGACAAAGACAAGGGCGAGAAGAUCGACCCUUUCCACGCAUCGUUUCCCGAAGCUCCGGUAGACCCCCAGCAACCCGACCUUGAGACUGAAGGUACCCGAACCGCGGCCGGAAGUAAGCUACGGACCGACUCAGAUGCGUUUGCCUGCGACGCUUGCCACUUCGCCGUCUACGACUUCGCCCAUCACUGCAAAACUUGCACCGACCGCGACUUCUGCAGCAGCUGCUGGCCCGAGAGCAAAUGCUAUGGUCGGGGCCAUGACUUCACCGUCAUCAUCAUCGAUGAUGUCGCCAAGCAAGCAAAGGCGCUCAAAAUUUGCAGGAGCAAGGAAUCGAUGGAGGGCACGGCCGAAGAGUCUGCGGAGUCCAGGGAAGUGAAGAAGCCCGUCGCAUCUCUCGCUGACUUACGCAAACUUACGCGCAAGGUCGCCGAGACCAAGAAGAUCUCUCUGGUCAUGUACGGCACUCGACAGCAGGUCAAGAAGCGGCUGGAAGAGGCGAGGACGCGAGGCGAUCAUGAGCGCUUCACUCGCGACUUCCCAACGACAGCUCCACCGUCUGUCAAUCCCAUCGAUCUGGCUAGCAGCAGCAGUCGACUGCCAAAGGCGGGGCUGGGACUUCGCAGGAAAGCUGCCAUCGGAGAUCUUGCUGGUGCCAGCAAACUGCACGGAAACGAGAAGAAAGUAGGCCUGUCGUUGGAGGGGGGGAAGCGGGGGAAUGAAGACACAGAGAUGAUGGACGCGGAAUGA